AUUUUCCUUCGCGUUGUACACACCUCGAUAAAAUGUUUCUGGCUAUUUCGAUUUGUGUUUUAUUGCUAGUGAAUGGUAAUGAAUCUGCUUCUCUGAAGAAUAUAAAGGACAGGUUAGAUGUACAAAUAGGUUGCGUAAAAUGUCACAAUAUUGAUAAAAAUAAAAUAAAUGUACAUCUAGUGCCUCAUUCACACGAUGAUGUGGGUUGGUUGAAAACAGUAGAUCAAUACUAUUAUGGAAUGAAAACUGAUAUUCAGCAGGCUGGUGUCCAGUAUAUUAUAACUUCAGUUGUAGAAGCUCUCAUGGAAAACUCAGACAGAAGGUACAUUCAAGUAGAAACUGCGUUCUUUUGGAAAUGGUGGAAAUCCCAAACUGACGAUAUGAGGGAGAAAUUUAAAUAUUUAGUCGACAACGGACAAAUUGAAAUGGUAAAUGGAGCCUGGUCAAUGAAUGAUGAGGCUUGUGCCAAUUACCAGUCUACGAUCGACCAGUUUACUUGGGGAUUAAGAAUAAUUAAUGACACUCUUGGUACCUGUGGCAUACCUCGAGUAGGGUGGCAAAUUGAUCCCUUUGGACACAGCAGAGAACAAGCAUCGCUUUUUGCACAGCUAGGAUUCGAUGGAGUAUUUUUUGCAAGAUUAGAUCAUGAAGAUAAAAGUCAAAGAGAACUCAACGCCACCUUGGAUUUUGCGUGGCAAGGAAGUGCAAAUUUAGAUAACAGUGUAAUAUUUGGAGGAAUUUUUCCAACACCUUUAUAUUUUCCUCCAAGCGGAUAUUGCUGGGACUAUGGUUGUACUGAAGAUCCAGUUAUGGACAAUAAAGAAAGUUCAGAUUAUAAUGUAGACAAAUUAGUAUCAACUUUUAUACUUAUCAUGAAACUUUACGCAAAUUACUUUCCUACUAAAAAUAUUUUCAUACCAAUGGGUGGUGAUUUUCAUUAUGAAGCUGCUGAAAUGAAUUAUAUUAAUAUGGACAGAUUUAUAAAGGCAUUUAGAGAUAAUGAAGAAAUAAAUUUAAUAUACUCAACACCAUCCUGUUACAUUCGAGCUGUCAAUGAUGCACAACCCAAACUGAAACUGAAAACGGAUGAUUUCUUUCCAUACAGCAACGAUUUACAUUCAUUUUGGACAGGAUAUUUUACUUCUAGGCCAAAUUCUAAAAGAUUCGAGAGAAUAGGACAUAAUAUUUUACAGGUUACUAAACAACUAAUGGCCCUUAAUGGACUCAAUGGAGCUAGCUACGAGGAUAACGCAAAAUCCCUGCAGAAUUUACGUGAAAUCAUGGGAAUUAUGCAACAUCACGACGCUAUUACCGGUACUGAAAAACAACAUGUAGCUAACGAUUAUGUCCGAUUACUAACAAAGGCGAUCAAAGUAGCUGAAAAACCACUUGGGAAAGUUGUAGGAGAAUUACUUAAGAAAUCACAAGAGUUGAAAACUACCUUGACUCUAUCAUCAUGCCUAUUGUCAAACAUAAGCAUCUGUGAUAUUACACAAAAAUCCGAAAAAUUCCUGGUAACAGUAUACAACCCCUUAUCUUGGCCAGUUACUCAUUACAUUCGUUUACCUGUCAAUAGCACCUCUUUUAAUAUCCAAGGACCAAAUGGUACGGAAGAAUAUGAUGUUAUUGCACCAAUUGCUUAUUUUCACACAAAGCUGGACAAAUUGCAAAGUAGUCACGAACUGGUAUUUGCUGCUAAGGAUGUACCACCUAUGGGCAUCAAGCUUUAUUAUGUUACUAAAAAAAAUGAAAAUGUACAGGAACCCUACAAAGCUGUAACUGAUAAGCUAUUUUUUGGAGACAAUGAAACCAAUUUUCAAAUAGACAAGGAAACGAAUCUCUUAAAAUAUGUCACGAUGAACGGAAUAACUUUGAAUAUCACUCAAAAUUUCUACUAUUACUAUAGCGAAACAGGUGAACAUGAUAAAACCAAUAUUUCCUCUGGCGCUUACUUAUUCCGACCCACAAACACAACACCGGAGUCCUUGGACAAUACUGUAACGAAGGUGGCAGUUGUGAGAGGAAAAUUGGUGGAAGAGUUUCAUCAACAGUGGAACGACGAGAAGAUAAAUGUGUCACAAAUCAUAAGACUGCACAAAAAGGAGAGAUACAUCGAGUUUGACUGGCUUGUAGGUGGAAUAAAUAUUGACAUAGACGAGAUGGGGAAAGAAGUAAUCACCAAAUACACUGUGACAAGCACCUUCGAAAAUAAAGGCACCUUUUAUACCGAUUCUAAUGGCAGGGAAAUGAUCAAGAGAACACUAAACUCCCGCCCAGAUUACAAAUACAAUUCCAGCUAUGAGCCUGUUGCCAGCAAUUAUUAUCCCGUGACUUCUAAAAUAGUUAUUAAAAACAAAAAAGUUGAACUUGCCAUUCUCACAGAUAGAUCUCAAGGAGGGUCCAGUUUAAACGAUGGAGAGAUUGAACUGAUGCUGCAUAGAAGGAUAGUUCAUGACGACAGUAAAGGUGUAGGCGAAAGCCUCAACGAAACUGAAUUCGGAAGUGGCAUUUAUGUUAGAGGAUCUCAUUAUCUAAUAUUUGGAUCUGCCACAAAAUUAAAUCCAGACGGAAAGAGUACAGCGGCGCAAGAACGGAUUCUAUCUCACAAGAAACUUAAUCAACCAUGGGUUGGAGUUGGGAACAUUUCUUCCGUUAAUGUGACUGCUUUGCAACAAAAAUUAAAUUUUAACUACUCCGCCUUAAAUGAAGCCCUCCCGGAAAAUAUAAAUAUUUUGACAUUCGAACCAUGGGCAAACCAAUCCUACCUUUUACGUUUGGAACAUAUUUUGGAGAAAGACGAAGAUCCGUCAUUAUCCAAUGCCACUUCUGUAGACAUAAGUAAACUGUUUAAUACACAUGACAUCGUCGAAAUAACUGAGACGACCCUCGGAGCUAAUCAAUUGUUAGAUGACUAUCAAGCUAGAACUAAAUAUACGUGGAACAUUACAGGAGAAAAAAUGGACGUAGUUCCAGACGAAGCCGAUCCUACUCCAUUAUCAGUUUCUUUAACUCCCAUGAAAAUAAGAACAUUUGUCGUGAAGUUGGGAAUUGCCAGUUUCGGAAAUUCAAUUAAGCCUGUUCCUAUAAUAUCCUUAUUUGUAAUAUGGGGAUACUUACUUUUUUAGAUAAUAGUGAAGUAAAUAUAAAAUACUGUCAUUCUGUUACGUAAACUAGUAAACAGUUCAAUUUUAAUGUGGUCCCAUGUUUGAAAUGUAUAAGUAAUAAGAGAUAGGUAAUUAUAGUAAUUUAUAAUCCAGAGCGCAACUAACAGCUAUUUGUGGAGAAUAAAAUACAACACGCACCAAAUAAAUUUACCCUUAUUUCAUCAUUUACGAAAUUAAAAGUGACGACAAGUUUAUAGUACCUAUUUUAUAAAGCAUGUAAAUGAGGCUUGUAUUACAUGUAAAAAAAUUAAUAUUACUCUCUAAUUAAAGUACAUAGAAGUUC